CACUAGUCAGACCAAAGCUGAACCUUUACUCAACAUACCAAUAUUGGUAUUCAAAAAAGGUGUUGAGUAUAACGAAUCUGCCAUGGUUUUAUCCUUGCUUGCACAACAAGGUUUUGAAAUUAUAGAUGUGCAAGUUGAUUUAAUAAGAAAUCUGAUGUCUAAAAUUAAAGGCUCAGUAAAUUUAUGUGAUUCAAUAAGAGGACUUUGUAAUGUUGAGAGAGUUGAUCACCUGAAACCGGAAAUUGAUAUAAAAACCAGGCGGGACAUCACAUUCUGUAUGGAGACGACAUUACGUACGUUGGGAACUGAAGAAGCAUCCAUUCAAAAUCUUUUACCUGAUAUAAAUGGUGUAAAACAAUUAAGAAAAUUAGAAAAUUGA